AUGCAGAAUCUUUCGAACAACCAAAAGCGACCGCUUGAGGACGAGGGCCUUGAAGGUGAAACUCAAGAACAUAAGAGACGACACACAGUGCCAGAAAACACCAACAUCCGUGACGACGAUGGAAUAUCAGUUGGCUCGGACAUAGAGCGUCUGUUUGUCGAAACAGACGAUGAAGAAGAUACCGAGGUGGGUGACGACGAGCCUGAGCAAGGCCCUGUUCUUUGGUCAGAGGAUCAGGAAGAGUAUCCUCCAUGCGCAAUCUACCACGCAGACGUCAAGCAAUACCAAGCCCGUAUCACAGGCUUUGCCGACAACAUUGUUGAUCAGCUUUCGAAAGUCUGCCAUAGAGGUGGCGACAUGGGCAAGUUGCGCGCUGAAGCCGUUGCAUGCCAAAGGUUCCCAGAGUCGAAGAAGAUCGUCAUUGCUCUCAUGGGAGACGCUGGUUCGGGUAUGUUGUUCAUUCCAAACGAUAGUGACUGUGCUGAUCGUACUCCAGGAAAAAGCUCUCUGAUCAACUCUAUUCUUGACACACCUCACGUCUCCCAAGAGGUAUUUAGAUCACCGUUCGCUGACUGA